CGUUGUUGGGUCCAUAUGCUUGUGUCUUUUCUUUUGAAAACAUUAAAAUGGUUCGCAGUAAGUAUACAAUAACCGAAAAACUAAUUCGAAAACGUUCGGAGCACAACGAACUAGUCAUCGGCACACUAGAAGAACUUUCUCUGCACCAAGAAGACAUCGAGCAGAUUGAACAUAUCGACCGAUGGUGCCGAGACCUGAAAAUUCUUCUGCUCCAAUCGAACCUGAUUGCAAAAAUUGAAAACCUCCACAUGCUCAAAAAGCUCGAGUAUCUCAACUUGGCAGUCAAUAACAUUGAACGGAUUGAAAAUCUUGCUGGACUCGAAUCGCUUCAGAAGUUAGACCUGACACUUAAUUUUAUAGGCGAGUUAACAACUGUGGAAUCUCUGAAAGGCAACUACAAUUUGAGAGAACUGUAUUUGACCGGUAAUCCAUGUACUGAUUUUCCCGGGUAUAGAGAUUAUGUAAUAUGUGCCCUACCGCAGAUCGAUACGCUUGACGGGCAGGAAAUAUCUCGAACUGAUCGAUUGAAUGCAUACAAACAUUUUCAAGAGAAUCACAGUCGUAUCAUACAGCUUGAAAUCAAGUACAAAAUUGAGCGCGACGAACAAAAAGUUCGUGUGAACCAAUUAAUUCACGAACAAGAGAAUAGCAUGAAAGAAAUGGACGAAGAAGAAAGGACGGCGCGAUUCUGGCAGCAAAAGAGCGAGCAUUGCCCAGAAACACGAAUUCUUAUGGCGAAAUAUUCUAAACGAUCGAAUGAAAAGUGUGGUUUAGAUUUAGUAGAUCCUGUGCGUGUCAAGAAAAGAACGCUGUUUGCUGAAUGUGGCAGGCCAUACAGCUUGAAUGAGCCAAAGAUUAAAUUUGAUUUUCGUGACGAGGAUGAUCGAUACGAAGUAAAUAUGCACAUCUAUAGAUAUUUGGACAGUUCUUGUAUUCAGGUGGACGUACAACCGAACUAUGUUAGGGCAACCAUAAAAGGAAAGGUAUUUCAGCUGGCUUUGAAAGAUGAAGUCAAAACGGAUUCAUCUUCGUGUCAACGUUCAUCGAUCACUGGUCAUCUGCUUGUUAUUAUGCCUAAACUUAACCAACAUGAUAUGACCUUCAAACCAUCAAAGCAUGAAGGUACGCCAUGUCAGUUAGAUACAAGCGAGAAAGUAAAUGAUUUGAAAGGAUCCGUGAACUACAAAAAUAUAAUCCAAAAAAAUUUAAAAGCAAGCAAAAACCAUGUCGAUGAAAAUGAAAUUCCACCUUUAAUUUAAAUGG